GCCAUUAUUGGCGCGCGGCAAUAACAAAGGAAAGAAGCGAGAGCGAAUGCGACAGAGUGAGACGGAACUAUAGAGGAUUUCAUUUUCUAUCGUUACGUCUCACUUCAUCGCAUUCGAUCUGGCUUUCCGUCCUUUGAUAUUGCCGCGCACCAAUAAUGACCAUGCGUCGAAAGCCGAGGCGGCCCGAGCAUCGUGAGUGGAAGAGUCCCCUUGCCCCUGUGCACUUUUAAACUUUACGCCCCCGUUACGCUCGGAAGAGGUGAACAGUAAGAACUAUCGUCUGGGCAUCUGGAUGCCUGAGCGUCGUUUAAGGAAAUGACGAUUCUGACAAAAUGUAUUUUAAAAACAUCGAAAAAUUAGCGAAGCUGUAGGUUAGGUUGACCACGAACGGUAUUUGUUGCGAAAGAAAAGCGUUUUUGGGAAAAAUCCGUGGAUUCGAUUCGUAGAAAUCGAUACAAGGCCGUGUUGGAGGGAACGUUUGGUUAUGUAUGCGAGUACGCAGUGAAAACAAAUGAAGUUGAACUCUACAUACGGAAGAGUUACGGGGUACGAUGAUACAAUGGCAGUCGAGGAGACACAGGGUUCAAGAAGUCGAAAAGCGUAAAGUUCAUGUGUGUGUCAUUAGAUUCAAUGCUCACAUAGAAACGGCGAAGGAAAAGCGAGGCCGUGACCACAGGUUUAACGCGCCCUAUGCCAAACAUCAAAACAAUGUCUGAGAGUCCUAAGAUGGGCCUGUUUGGCUCUAAAGACAAGACAAAGGAAGGAAAAACAGAAGUCAAGGACGACUCACCUGACCGUUAUGCACCCUAUUGUAUUGAUAGUGAUUCUGAGACAUAUGACACAGAAGCACUAAGUAUUAUGGAUAUCAAUGAUAUUAUUGGUGUUCAGUCAGAACCAGUCAGUGAUUCUACCUUGGAAAGCGAAAUCGCUGCUCUGUCUCAGAUUAUCACAGAAUCUAAAUCCGAUGUCGGGCAGAAUGUAAUAGAAGACCAAUCCGACAUGCAACAGGAAAGUAUAUCCAAGAACCGAGAAGACUUUAAGAGUAAAAGCAUAAACCCGAUUCAGACAUCUGACACACAGCAAUAUCUAAAGUCAACAUUGGAUAGUAUAGAAACUUCUGAUGUUGACGAAGUAAAAAGUACAAGUGAUAUGGAACAAACAAGUGACAAAGAUUCUCAGAGUAUUAAGGAGGAUACUUUUAUAAAGGAUAUGGACCUUAAAAAUCAACAGGAAAGUAAUGAUACUAAAGACAAUUGUGAACAUAGUGUAUCAAUAGAUUCUGUAGAUCUUGUUAAUACUAAGAAUAAUGAAAAUAGUGAUGUAUCAUUUAAAGUAGAUAUUAACAUUAAUCAACCUAAACAUAAACAUAUUUUACAGACUACCGCGAAUAAAGGAAAUGUAAACACUAAUGUAAAAGUCAUAGAAAAUGAAACCAGUAUUUGUGGAAGUUUACAACUCAUUGGCGAAGCUUAUAGUUCAGAGGACUCUCAAGAAAUGAGAAUGGAUGAUAUUGAGUCAAUGGUUACAGAUUCAUCAUGUACUGUUAAUGUGAAUAAUUUAAUCCCUAAUGAAGAAAAAAAAGAGACACAUGAAUCCCUUGAAUCAGAAAAUGCUGUAAAUAAUACCAGUGAAAUAUCUAAUGUUAUAGAUUUAGGUGAGACAUGUACAGACAAGGAUAUUCCUAUUGAGAAUAUAGAAAAUAAUACAAAUGUUGUAGAAGUGGAUCUAUCUAACUGUUUUACACAAUCUUCUCAUUCAGAGGAAGUAUCCAACAUUUCAGACAAAAUAGAAAUUCAUACUGACUGUACAGUAGAUAAACCUAAAGAUAUUGUUUUAGAAUGUGAAACAGAAGAAACAGCAAUAGAUGCUAUGGAAGUUGAUGAAAUUAAAGAAGAAGCAUUGGAAGAAAGAAAGAUAAUUGAUGAAAAUGUUAAAGAAGAAGAUGCAAUUGUAGAAUGCACCGAAAUGGAAAUAAAACAAAGCACAGAAUCUAAUCAGGAUCUGGAUUGCUUGGCAAUGGAAAAACUUAAAACAGAAGCAAUAACAGACAAUAUAGAAAUUCAAGAAAGUGAAGAAUCCAUGGAUGUAGAAGAAAAAGAGGGUAAAAGUGAGGAAUGCAUGGAUUUAGAAGAAAAAAGGGACAAGAAUGAAGAACUUGUAGUAAAUAAAACUGAAGUAAAUCAAGAAGAGGAUGAGGAUACAAAUGUGUUAGCUUCUGGUACUACCAGUAAUGAAAAUUUUACAAUAUUAAGUUCAACAGAGUGUGACAAAAUAAAUAUGGGUAUUGCAGAAACUACUCAAAGGGAUGAUAAAGAAAAAAUAGAACUUGCACAAUUUAAAUCAGAAAAUAUAAUAAACCCUAAUACAAUUGAAUCUUCUAAUAUACCUUGUAUCAAUGAUAAUACAGAGGUAAUGGAAAAUAAGACUGAUGCUGCACAAGUACUAGAGGAAACAGAUAAAAUAAAUAGUGAAGAAUUAAGUACUAUGGAAGAAAUAAAUACUAAGAAACUGGAAACUACUACAGAAGGAAUUGAAGUUAAGCAAUUGGAAAAUGCAGAAGAAAUGAAUAUUGAAAACUUGGAAGAUACUAAAGAAACAAAUAUUGAAGAAUUGGAAGCUACAAAUGAUACAAAUACCGGAAAAAUGAAAACUACAGAAGAAAUAAUUAUUGAGAAGUUGGAAACAAUAGAAAAAAUGGAUAUUAAACAAGGGGGAAUUGCAGAAGAAAUGAAUAUUGAAAAAAUAGAAAUUGCAGAAGAAACAAUUAUGGAGAAACAGGAAAUUGCAGAAGAAAUAAGUACUGAGAAACAGGAAACUGCAGAAGAAAUAAGUACUAAGAAACAGGAAACUGCAGAAGAAAUAAGUACUGAGAAACAGGAAACUGCAGAAGAAAUAAGUACUGAGAAACAGGAAACUGCAGAAGAAAUGAAUACUGAGAAACAGGAAUCUGCAGAAGAAAUGAAUACUGAGAAACAGGAAUCUGCAGAAGAAAUGAAUACUGAGAAACAGGAAUCUGCAGAAGAAAUAAAUACUGAGGAACAGGAAACUGCAGAAGAAAUAAGUAUUGAGAAACUAGAAACUACAGAAGAAAUAAAUAUGGAGAAUGUAAAAACUACAGAAGAAAUAAAUAUGGAGAAUGUAAAAACUACAAAAGAAAUAAAUAUGGAGAAUGUAAAAACUACAGAAGAAAUAAAUAUGAAGAAUGUAGAAACUACAGAAGAAAUAAAUAUGGAGAAACUGGAGAAUACAGAAGAAAUAAAUAUGGAGAAACUGGAGAAUUCAGAAGAAAUAAAUAUGGAAAAACUGAAGAAUUCAGAAGAAGUAAAUAUGGAAAAACUGGAGAAUUCAGAAGAAAUAAACAUGGAGAAACUGGAGAAUUCAGAAGAAAUAAACAUGGAGAAACUGGAGAAUUCAGAAGAAAUAAACAUGGAGAAACUGGAGACUACAGAAGAAAUAGAUAUUAAAAAAUUGGGAACUACAGAAGAAAUGGAUAUUAAGCAAUUAGAAAUUACAGAUAAAGAGGAUACUAACCAAUUGGAAACUACAAAGGAAAUAAAUAUUGAAAAGUUUAAAAUUGAAGAAGAAAUGGAUGUUGAAAACUCAGAAACUACAGAGAAAAUAAAUAGUGAAAAAUCGGAAACUGUGGAAGAAUUGAAUACUGAAACAUUAAGUACUUCAAAAGAAAGUGAUACCAAACCAUUGGAAAUUGCAGAAGUAAUGGAUAUUGAACAAUUAAAAACUGAGGAAGACAUAGACAUUAAGCAUUUAGAAGGUACAGAAGAAAUAGAUAUUAAUCAAUUAGAAACUACAAAAGGAAUAAUAGAUACUGAACAAUUAGAAACUACAACAGAAGUAGUAGAUACUAAACAAUUAGAGACUACAGAAGAACUAGAUGCUAAACAGUUGAAAAUUCUAGAUAAAGAACAAGAAGGUUCUGAGGAGUCAUCUUUUAAAGAAUUACUUCCUAUAGAAAAUAAUCAGAAUGUUGCAACUUCCAAUGAAACUUCUAAAUUAGAAUUAGAGACUAAUGUAGAAUUACCUUCACAAUCUGUGAGUAUAACUAGUGACACUGUGAAUGUUGAAAAACUAGAAAUAAAUACAGACAUGGAAAUUCAAGGUGAUAAUAAUCUGGAUCAUAUGUUACCUGAGGUUGUAAUAAAGGAAUCUCUUGUUGAAUCUGAAGAAGCAAUAGAAUUGCCAGUUUCAGAGACAACAAUCAAAGAUGAAGUAGAAAUGUGUGUAUCACAAAAGUCUGAUACAACUUCAUUGAUUGAAGUACAAAUGGUAAUGGAAGUAAAUGAAGAUCUUACAGUACAAUCAGAAGCAAUUUCAGACAUUACAACUCCUCUAAAUACUAAUACUACAGAAGACAAUUGUGAAGUCAAAAUUGAUGCAACAGAGGCAAAUAAUUACAAAGAGAAAGAAGAAUUAGAAGUAAUUAAGACAGAACCAUUGCCAAUUAAUAAAUUUAUUCUUGAUGAGCAAAAUGUAACAGAAAUGUUAGAGACUAAAGAAGGACUAACAGAAGUUCAAAAUAUUGAAGAAACCAAGAAGAAUGAAGCUGAAGAAACUGUAAAUGAAAUUGAAGUUUUCCAGGAGUGUACAGAAUCAAAGGAUCUAAAACUUUCUGAAGAAAGUACAGAUACAAUAAUUGAAAAUAAGGAAAAUUUUUCUCCUAAAAUUGUUUUACAACAAGAAGAAACAAUGGAGUGUGAGACAAGUGAUUUAAAAAUACCAGAAGAAAAUUAUAAAGAACUUGAGGAAAAUAUGGAAGAGUCUAAACAGUUGCAUGUAAAAGGUACAGUAGAAACUAAUGUAGAUAUGGAGAAAACUGAAACUAAAGAUUUUGAUUCAAAUUCCAUUUCAAAGGAUUUAUUUUUAUUAUCAUCAACAGAACCAGUAGUAUCUGAAGAACACGCAGAAGAUGAAGAUACAGAAGAAGAAAUGAAUCUAACUUUAGAACCAGAGGAAACUGAAUCACAAACAGCUAUAUAUCAAGACAAUUUUGAGCAGAAAGUGGAAGAAAGUAAUGUAGGCGAUGAUAACAAAGAAGAUGAACAAACUUAUGCCUUAGAAAAGGAAGAUGCUAGUACAGGAGGGUUACUGGAAAUAGAAAAAUAUGAUAGCUUAAGUAAAACUGUAAAAGAAGUCAGAAACUUAGAUAACAUUGAUGAUUCCGUGCUAAAUAAAAACAUACAGCAUAAAGAACAGGUAGAAAGUAAUAAUUUGAAAAGUGAUGCUGAUGGAAACAAUUUUAAAGAUAUAUUAGAUUCUGCUACUACUGUAGAAGAAAUGUUCUCUGAAGAACAAAACGAUAACACAGAAGAUAUUGUUACAAGUAUUUUAGAUGAUGUCAGAAGUGCAACUGACUUUAAAAAUAUUUUAACUACAGAAACAGAUACGUCAAAUGAAAUAGUGAAAGUUUUAGAAGAGUCUGCAAAUUUGCCUUUAGUAGAGACUGCAAUUGAUGAAUUAACUGAAAAACUACCAGAGACUUCAGAAAGCAUUAUCAACAAAGAAAUGCAGGAUUCAAUUUCCACGCAAAAUAUAGAUUCUUUAGAAGGUUUACUGGGCCUAGAUCUAAUACAGGAAAGGGAAGAUUCUACACUGAAAACAGUAGAACCAGAAAAACCACUCCAAGAACAAGAGAGGUUGUCAAAAGAUGUGGAUAUGGGCUUAUUGUUAGAACAAUCUAAUCAGGCUGCUGAUAUGGAACAAGCUUCGGAUUAUAUAACGGACGUCAUUAGUAGUUGUUUAACAGGCAAUGAUACUGUAUCAAUACAAGAAACUACAAAAACUACUGAUUUAACAGAAACCUCUGAUGACAAAGUUGAAAAUUUGGAGGCAAGUAGCAUAUUGAAAGUAAAGGAGAGUACUAUUUCUGAAUCCAUAAGUCCAAGUAAUACUAUACAGAAUUUACAGAAGGCACUAGAAUCAGGCUCUGAUUUGCCAGAGAAUGAAUUAGAUAUGGAAUUUGAAGAGGCUCCAUUGGGGACUGCAGACGAGCUAGAAGAAACUGAAACUAAAUUGGAUUUGGACUCAGACAUGUUACUAGCAAACGAAGAUAACUCUGAAAACUUGAACAACGCACCAACCAUAGAAACGUCGCAACCUAGUUCUGAAAUAUCCGAACUCGAAUCAGCAGUUAAGUUUCUUCAAGAGUCCGAAGAACAAGCUAUCGAUUCUCCAUUAAUACUUUCCCCAAAAAUGGUAGAGAGAGUUGUAGAUGGUAUUUCAAAAGAAACAGAGGCUGCAGCUCUUUUCGUUCCUGACGAAGAUAUGUGUGAAGAUACAGAGUUGGUAGAAGAACUUCAGAAUAUUGCGACUGAUUCCAUUUCUAUCUCUGAGGCUGAAAUUAUAUCUGAGGCUGCAAAGUUGGAGAGUGAAAAAAAACUGGCGGAGCAGGUGAAACUUGAUGCUUCGCGAGGAAAGUUUGAUGUAACUGAAGAGAAAUUGACAAUAGAAGAAGAGGAAAUAAAAUUGUCUGAAUCUGAGGUCAAAUUUGAUUCAGUGUCAUUGCAGAACGUAAAGAUACAACAAACAUCGGCGUUUACAAAGGAAAAGAUACCUGAAACAUUACAUGCCCUGCCCUUAAAAACAUCUGAAAUUAUCCCUAAGGUAUCAAUCUUAGAAGAACGCCUUAAAGAACCUCCUAAAAUCGAAAUACCAUCAACAGAUGUAACAAAAGUUACCAUGUCCCCAACCGCUUCUAAAGACAGUCUUUUAAUUCAGAAAGAUGCAAAAUUAAUCGCCUUUCAAAAAAUGUUGGAAUCACCAAAAUUGUCUGAGAAAACGGAACCGAAGAUUAUGGAAACACCACGUAAAGACUCAGAGAAACAUGACUUUGAAAAUGUCGGGUCUCCGAGGAUCAUAUUAAAGAUUGCCAAAUCUGCAAUUGCUGAUUGUGCAGAACCUAGAUCACCUAAAAGCCCGAAGAUCAGAUCUGCAACUAAUUCACCGAAUCCCGAGGAUAGUCCAGGUCAGAAAUUAGGGAAAAUAAAAUUAAAAUUAUCGAAAGGUGGUCACCCUUCUAUAAUAUCUAAUGAGAACAUUGAAGAAGUUGGGCAAUGGUAUUCAGAAGGAACUUUAUCCUUAUCACCCAUUGGCAUGAAAAUUAAAUUAUCAAAAUCUGGUGAUGCUUCCAUUGUCUCGUCUGAUAAGCAUGAAUUUAGCGAGGAUUCAAAAGAAGGGAAACAUAAAUUUGAGGAAAUCAAGAGAACUGAAUCACCAAUUGGGAUGAAGAUUAAGUUAUCAAAGAGUGGAGAUGCCUCUAUAGUGCAACAGGAUACGAAAGACAUGCAAAUAAAACAUAAAGACAAGCUGGAUAUGGUUCAAGGAAGUCCUAAAAGGACAGAAUCUCCGAUAGGAAUGAAAAUCAAACUUUCGAAAAGUGGAGAUGUUUCAAUAAUACAAACUGAGAGGCAAGAUACUUCAGAGGAACAUAGAGAAACACAGAUGAAACCAAAGGAAGCUUCUUAUGACUCUCCAAAAAGAACAGAUUCACCUAUUGGAAUGAAGAUCAAGUUGUCUAAGACUGGAGAUGCCUCUAUUGUUUCUCCGGACAUGCCUGAAGAAAAUAGAGAAAGUAAGAUGAAAGAUAAGAUAGAAUCUCCACCUGAAAUUCCAAAGAGAACUGAUUCUCCGAUUGGAAUGAAAAUUAAAUUGGCGAAAACGAAGGGUGGGGCAUCUAUAAUUCCAAUGGAAACUCCUGAAGAUACAAGCCAAAAACUGGAAAUUCCUGAUAUUCCUAAACGAACAGAAUCACCUCUUGGAAUGAAGAUCAAAUUGUCUAAGAGUGGGGACGCAUCCAUCGUUCACUCAGAAGUAUCUGACGAGAGUAAAGACAUUAAAUUGAAGGAAAAAGUGGAAGCCAAAGAGAAACCGGACGCGGCUCAAGAUGUGUCAAAGACGUCAGACUCAUCAGGCAUGAAAAUAAAAGUGAUUAAGUCAGGAGAUAUAUCCGUAAUAGCACAGGAAUGUUCAGAAGAGUCGGAAAUCAGUCAAGAAUCUUUGCAGAAAGUUGAAUCUCCGAUUGGUAUGAAAAUUAAACUUUCUAAAUUUGGUGAUCCAUCUAUCAUACCUACAGAAAAACAGGAACAACCGGAAGAAAGCAAAGCUUCCCUUCCAGAAACACCUAAGAGAACAGAAUCUCCUAUUGGAAUGAAAAUCAAAUUGUCCAGAACUGGUGAUGCUUCUAUUAUACAGUCAGAGAUAACUACAGAAGAUGUUAAUAAACCAUCGCGUGCUUCCGAUACAGAACACUCUAAAGUGGCUGACGCUGCUUUAGGAAUGAAGAUUAAACUGUUAAAAACAGGCGAUGCUUCCAUAGUAGAUCCAGAGAAAAAGGAAAGGCAGCAAAGACGUCGAGACACCGAAUCACCCUUAGAAAUGAAAAUCAAAUUAUCCAAAACUGGACAUCCUACAAUUGUUGCUUGCGACAAUCAUGGAGAGACUACCUAUCGGGCAAAAGAAGCUGUAGAUCAGCAUGGUUUUGUUCAAAGGUAUAAAGAACAAACGCAAACUCACAAAGAGACUACAUUGAAGUUUCUUAAAACUGGACACUCAUCAAUCCUGCAAAGUAACCGGUCUGAAUUAACAAUUGAACCAGUUCAAAUGCAAGGGAAAAAGCCGGACAGUAUAAUAGAAAUAUCGCCUAAACGUAAGGAUAUCACUGUAGCACCAAUAGAGUCCAAGAAGUCAAAAAUAGAAACUCAAUUGACUCAAAUCUUACCUGAGGUUACCAUUCAGCCAGUUACAUCUAGAAAUCAGAAGCAGUUCAUGUUUGAUCCAAAAUCUAGCUCGAUUAGUCUUCAACAGAUGAAUGUAAUAAGUCAGGAGAUUAGUAUUACACAGGUCAGACCGUCGAAACCACAAGACACGUCAAUGAGUGAUAAGCUUAAAGAUAUUUUAAUUAAAAAUUCCACCAGUUCUCCUAUGAAUUCUGACUGUGAGAUUAUCGAACAUCGGCCGGAACUGAUUAUAGUGAAUGAAAAUUCAAAUUCUAGCCAAGAUGUUAUGAUCAUAGAAGAAGUUUCACCUACGAGGCUUCCAGAGGUGAAGGUUCCUAAAAAGAGGGGCAGACCUAGGAGAAAUCCAUUAGUCCAACCAACUGUCCAUCCUCCUCCACAUAUGUUGAUGUCUAGGGAUCCAUUAUCUUUAGAUGAAACGCAACAAAUGCAACACUUGCAAGCUCCACAAAUGGAAUCUAGAGAGAAUGAGAGGCCUAAGAGAACGUGUAGAAGUCAAAAGAGUUAUGCACCCCCUAAGAGAGGCAGAGGACGAGGUCGAGGAAAAAGAAAAUUGGAUGGUGCAGAUGUACAGAUAGGAAAGAAGCCUAGAAUAGAACAAGACUUAACUGCAAUAGAAGCGUCAACUACUGCUGUAAUAACAAUUGACUGUCCUUCUGUACCAGAGGAAGCCUCCGGGAAAUCACCAGAAUUGUACAAAGUUCUCAAACAACCGGCGGUAGAUGCUAAACUCAAUUCUGCAGUCAAAAUUGAGAAAAAAGGUGCAGGACAAAAGAAUGAUGCGUCUAUGAAUGUAAAUGUAUCGCAUAGUAUACUUCCAGACUCUACAAAUGUGCAAGUAGAAACGAAGGUGAUAUCAGAAGUACAUUUGGAUUCUACGAAUAUUAUGCCUAAACCGGUGACGAGCGAGUCUAAAGAUAAUAUUAAAGAUAAGAAGUUGGCAGAGGUAGCUCCUGAAAGAAUGCAGAAAACCGUAUUGAAACAGACUUCUGACGAAAAAUCAGAUAAGACAGCGGAGAAUACGAAGCCUGAAAAUAAAGAUAUGCUAGUACCUCCAGGACAUCAGAACUGGUUGACACCGUCAUCGAAACGACCACCAGAAGCGACUGGAAAACAUGAAAAUGUAUCCACUGUACAGGUGAUAGACGAAGAAACGAGAAUGAGCGCGGAAUCUGGCUCCAGAUCUCAAACUCCAGCCAGAAAUAUUUCUGCACCAGCUUCUGAAACAAUGGUAAACGAAGAGUCCCAGGGAAGUGUACUUAGUACAGCAACUACUGAGUCAGAAAAGGUGAAGGUGAAGAAUCGAAGGAUGGAAAUUAAUUUUGAUCCAGACGAAGGACCAUUUACUGUCGACAAAAUAGCUGAGUAUGAAUGGCCACUUGACCGUAAGGGAGAAACUUUCAUGAUACAAGAACAAAUAUCUCAAUACCUUGGUGUAAAGUCUUUCAAGAGGAAAUAUCCAGAUUUGAAGCGUAGGGUGGUAGAUAUGGAAGAAAGAAAUUAUUUGAGAGAAAAUGGUUUGGUUAGCGAAGGAAUGUGUGAUAUGGGUUUAACUGCUAUUUGUAGUUCAGAAGUAUUAGAUGUAAUGUGCAGUGACUUCCCUGAUCAGUAUGAAGAAUAUAGAAAACAUAUGCGCGAGAAACAAGUGAAGGAACAUUCCAAGAAACAAAAAGAAUUAUCUGCGGCUGCGAAUGCAGAAAAGAACAGAAUUGAUUUAGCAGAAAUGGCAGUUCAGUCUGCCUUAUCAUGGAACAUAAGUUUAAACAAAGCUCGCAGAGAAAACAGAAAAUGUAGCUUAGAUUUACAAACCUUCACGAUACACGUGCCAAAGAAACAGCAGAAGGUCGAGACAGAACGUAAAAUUGGUCAUUACCCUGUUGCAUUGAUACCAGGUCAAUAUACAGAUUAUUAUCGUGAAUACACGCCAGCUGAAUUACGAUAUUAUCCAUUGAAUACUGUUCUAUAUGGUCCAAUGAGACCAAACGAACGUAAAUUUGAUAGUCAAUCAGAAGGAUCUCAAAGUGACAGUGAUAGCGAUUCAUCUUCAGACGACUCGAGUUCAUCUUCUAGCGAGGGGACACAAGACACUGAAGGUUCUCAGUCCACAAUGGACGAUGUCGACAUGGAGAUAGUGAAUCAAAAAGAAGAAGUAAAGCUAAAAUGUAAAAUGUGUUUAAAAGCUUUAAAUAAGCACAGUAAGAAUGAAGUAUUAGUACAGUGUGGCACGUGCAGCGGACACGUUCAUCCAUCAUGCAUAGAUUUAACGUUAGACAUGGUUCCUCACAUUCAAUCAUAUGCAUGGCAAUGCACAGACUGCAAAACUUGUGCACAAUGCCAUGAUCCAGCGGACGAGGAUAAAAUGCUCUUCUGUGACAUGUGUGAUAGAGGAUAUCAUAUCUAUUGCGUUGGUCUUCGGCGAGUACCACAAGGAAGGUGGCACUGUCAAGAAUGUGCAGUUUGCGCGAACUGUGGUUCCAGAGAACCCGGUGGUGCGAAUUCUGAUAGAAAUAGUGUUGCACAAUGGCAGCACGAAUAUAAAAAGGGUGACAAAAAUACUCGUGUCUAUGUUUCAACGCUAUGCGUUCCCUGUUCAAAGCUAUGGCGAAAGGGUCGCUAUUGCCCGCACUGCAGUCGCUGUCAUACUGCCCCAAGACUCGACCUGGAAGCGAAUCUAGUGCAUUGCAGCGCAUGUGACAAAUAUCUGCACUUAGGGUGCGUGGAGACCAAGGGAGUUCCGUUAGACAGGAAAAAUUAUCUGUGUGAUUUCUGUGCGCCAAAUCGUCAACAAAUGGUGAAACCAUUAGUAUCAAAAACAUUGAGGAUGUAAAGUGCUAAGAAAUGAACAGUUUUCGUUUAAAUUCGGAAUUACGAAAUGUAUAAAAUGUGAACAUGUGUGUAGAGAAAUUUGGUAAUAUUCAAACAGUUUAGUUAUGUGGAAUAUCUCUUAUGAAUACCUGCGUGGAAGAAACAUGGCUGUACAUAAUUGUAUCAUGAAAAACAGUUUGAAAAAUUGACGUUUUGUUACACGAUGACUAUUGUUAGCUACGUAAAAGAUUUAAAAUAUAAGAAAUCUCAUUUUGAACUUUAUUAUAAUACUUAGUAAGAUUUUUUGUAAAUUUCUAUCAUUUUUACAUUUUUUUAAAACCUAUACAUUAAAGUUUUAAUUAUCCUGAGAUACAUUGAUUUAAAAUAGAAUACAGUCAACAUUUUUUCCAUUAUUAAAAAUAUAUUGUGUCCAUGAUAAAGUUUCUGUCGAUCUCUGUUACUUUAGAAUGAACAGAAUUGUAGAUAGUGAUAAAAAAUAAUUAUUGGAAAGACUGCUUUACAGAAUUAUAUAAAUUUUAUAUUAA